ACUUCUGACCCAUAUAAAUCCCCGCCGCCGCAAAAUCUCACUUUCCUCUGCCACGACGUGGAAACAGCAACCGUCUAUCCCCCAGCGAUUAGAGAAUAACUAUCACCAAAAUGACCACGGCACAACCCAUAUUUUCCAAGGGAGAAGACUGCAAAGCUGGUUGGCACGACGCUAGUGCUGGUUACAAUGAGACCGACACUCAUCUAGAGAUUUUGGGCAAGCCUGUUAUGGAACGUUGGGAGACCCCGUACAUGCACUCGCUGGCAACUGUAGCCUCCUCAAAAGGUACAACGCACAAUGUGCAAGCUGGUGGUUCCCAUGAACGCACUGGGACCACUAGAUAGUAAUCAAUUUCGUUACUCUUUGAUAAUUUAUAGUUCUAUAAUAACCUUUUACAUUAUUGUAAUUAUUUUUUCUUACAAAUGUGUGAAAUAAAUAAAUAAUAAAUAAAGGACAGCCCAUUUGCCUAUAGCCUAAUCAUAGGCUAGGCCUACACUUAAUUCAGAGCUGUAAUAUAGUCAAAACAGAUUAUCAAUAAAUCAGCAAUUAGGCUAUUGAAAAAAGUUUAUGAAACAAAUGCAUUGCUUUUUAUAUGAUUUCUGAGUUGUUUCACCCAAUGCACGUGCUAGUGGAGUUUAAAAGCAUGGUUGCAGCAGGUGUUACUCUACCCAUGGAACCGUGCCAAGUGAACCGUGCCAAUAAUUUAUGACGACAUGCCAUUCAAUACGUUUUAUAACUACAACUGUUGAUCACUGAUUUGACUUUUUAUUGCUGACAAUACGUGCACAGAUCUCGAACUUUCAUGUUUAGAAUUCAACGUUUUGCACGUAAAAGUUGCGUUAAAUUUUGGAGUUGUUUGCGCAUUCAUGUCACCAUAGCGCACAUGUUUCUGCAUGUAGUAGGAAUGCAGUCCAUCGAGUUUUAGUAAAAAUUGUAUUGUACUUUCUUCAUAUUGCUUUAUAUUGGAAAAUACUAUUAUUUGGUGGCAAUUUGACAACAAAGUAGUAGCAGAGUAUAAACCUGAUAAGAGUAUAGGCCAAUGCAAAACCAAAUCGUAUUUUUCUAUAAUCUAUUUUUACACUUCACUGAAAGACUACUCUGUGGAAAUCCUUGAAGUGGCCUUUCUAUCACGUGCCACCACCUCCUGCUUUCCCCCAAACAUUCCUUACAUGUCUAUACUGUGGUUCUCAGAGGGGUCUCUCAAAUAAACAAAAAUAGUUUGCUUUUCAUGAAAGGUGCCACAGCAUUGGAAAUACUUCAAUACAGGUUAGACCUGGAUUCAAAUACCAUUUCAGUAUUUCAAUUACAUUUCAAAGCAAGUAGUCAGGUAACCUUUUUUGGAAAAAGUAAGUAGUUGAAUAUUGGAAUGUAGUUGGAAAUGCACUUGGAAAGUAUUUGAAAAUACUCAAAUACACUGAAUCAAAUACACUACAUUUUUACAUUUACGUCAUUUAGCAGACGCUCUUAUCCAGAGCGACUUACAAAUUGGUAAGCAUUUAACCAAGGAAUUUGAAAUAAGUAUUAGAAAUAAGUAUUUGAAAAUACUUUCAAAUACAAAUUUGGUCGACUAUUUUUUUUUUUUUUUUACAAAUAACCAUUCAAAUAAAAGUACUUGUUUUGGGCUAUGUGUUUUAAAAUACUCAAAUACAAAGAACAAAUAUUUAAAUAACAAAUACUCAAAUACACGUAUUUGAAACCAAGUCUUGAUACAGGUAGAUUCAUAAACUUAAACACCAAUUGAGAUGCUUGUUCUGCUUUGUCCCACAGGUGGACGGGUUCUGGAGAUUGGAUUUGGCAUGGCCAUCGCCGCAACUAAAGUUGAGUCCUUCCCCAUCGAGGAGCACUGGAUCAUUGAGUGCAAUGAUGGAGUGUUUGCGAGAUUGCAGGAGUGGGCCAAGGCUCAGCCACAUAAAGUGAGACAUCUUCAACUUCACAUUAGGUUCUAUUUACACUUUUCCCCUCAUUUAAUGUGAAUAAAAUGUACCUAAAUUAUUCUCCACUCAUAGAUUGUGCCCCUCAAAGGACUGUGGGAACAGGUAGUGGGUGGCCUGCCUGACAACCACUUUGAUGGUAAGUUUCAAAAUACAUUCUAUUGGUGUAUCCAUUGUAUCUUUGUAUUCUUCAGCAAGUAAAUUGCUUCAGACACAUAACUAUGUAAUUCUAAUAAUGCCUCUUCUAUCAAAGGCAUUCUGUACGACACAUACCCUCUGUCAGAAGACACAUGGCACACUCACCAGUUUGACUUCAUCAAGGUAAGUACAACACUUCUAUGACAAAGACCGCACAUUACGAAUAUAUUAGCAAAAGCACCAGAACCAACAGCGGAAUGGAGAUUUCUCCUGUAUUAAAGACUAUAAAACACACAAAUGUUUGGUAUUAUAUAUGAUAUCGUAGCUGUAUCCAACGCAAACAUAUGGCAGAUGUCUAAGGUGACAGGUAGCUUAGUGUUGGGCUAGUAACCGAAAGGUUGCUAGUUCGAAUCCCAGAGCCGUCAAGGUGAAAAUAAACUGUUGAUGUGCCCUUGAGCAAGGCCCUUAACCCUAAUUGCUCCAGUCGCCAUUGCCCACUCUUCGAGGGGGAGUUGGGAUAUGCAAAAAGCACAUUUCCAAUUCACAUAUGUGUAUUAAUACACACUUGUACAUGUGAAAUAGAACAAAUAUAAGCACCCACCAAAUUAAUGAAUUAAUAAACAAAUUAAUCAAAAUGGAAUGAGAUAUUUCUUAAUGGAAUCUGAUUCCUAUCACUUGUUACAAACAUUGCCUAUUGUGCCACAAUGACGUUUCCAUUAUAAUACAAUUGUUGAAUUGUGUCUCUAUAGGGCCAUGCCCAUAGGCUGCUGAAGUCCGGUGGUGUCCUCACCUACUGCAACCUGACCUCUUGGGGUGAACUUCUCAAGUCCAAAUAUGACAACAUUGACAAGAUGUUCCAGGUGAGCCGGCUCUCAGCCAGUCAAUGAUCAACAACACCUAAUCUCUCUGUGAGGUGCUUGGGUACACAUGUGCCCUCUCGGGCAGGGGGCAGGACACAUUUAAUUUCUUUGCACGUAUUCUGUCCUUAUCUCAGAUAGUACUGCACUUCCAGUACAAGUCUGGUACAGUGUAAUUGCUUAUGUGACGUUAUACCGCUGAUCAUUACUGUGGUAUAACGUAAUUUAAAGUGUGGCCCUGAAUUUUGUUUGGUCUGAUGUUCAUUAUUAACCAAUUUUUUUCAUUCAUGUGCAGUUACUAUGUGUGUGUUGUAUUCUGCUCAUUUGGUCUGUCCGUAGCUACAGUUCUAACAUUUUUUAUUUUAUUUUUGCAACCAAAUCUAAAUGUUUUAUGUAAAUAGCAUGUUUUAGACGAGCCCAGACACUUCUUCAUCCUCGUUAUGCAGUACCGGGCCGCUGAAAAUUAUUAAUUAACAAAGGCACCAAAAACACCCAAAUACGUCCUUUUAGAAACGGAAAAGCGAUAAGUAUAAUGAUGCUGGUCUUCAGAUGUUGUACACGUGAAAUUGUGUCAUUCCGAAUUUUAUCCGCAACGUUAUAUUCCAUUUUGUUGCGACUCGAGCGAUACCUCUCCGUCCAUUCUAGCAGCAGGCUACAUGGAGAAUAGAACAGCUGGAUAGGGGAAACAGUUUGAGUCGCACAAAAUGGAGUAUAACGUUGCGGAUAAAGUUUGGAAUGACACAAGUUAAUGUGUACAUCUGAAGACAUGCAUCAUUAUACUGAGAGAUUUUCAGUUUCUAGAAGGACGUAUUUGGGUGUUUUUGGAGCCUUUGUUCAUGUUUUUUCAUAGCCCCGGUACUGCACAACGAGGAUGAGGAAGUGACUCGCUGGUUGGGGUAAUUUUCUCAAAAACAAGUGAAAUCGCAAAUAAAAAAAGUAUCUGGACCGUUCUAUAACAUGCCAUAUACAUAAAAAAUAGAGAUUUGAUUGUAAAAUGCAAAUUUCUCCUAUGAUGAUUUUUCAGGAGACCCAGAUGCCUCACCUGCUCGAGGCUGGCUUCAAUAGGGAGAAGAUUAGCACCACAACCAUGGAUAUUGUUCCCCCAAGCGAAUGCAAAUACUAUGCAUUCCGCAAGAUGAUUACGCCCACCAUUCUGAAAGAGUGAAGUGGCUUGAUGCCACUGCAACGUUUUAAUUUAUUUAAUUCUCAAGUGCCUGUAUUUUAAAAAGCCACAUUGGUUUACUGUCAAAAAUCCAUAAGCACUCAGCGAUGUCCAUCUUACAAUAAACCAAUUUAAAUAACA